AUGAACGCUUUAAUAUUGUGGUCGCUUUUCGUAUUGUUGAACGUGUUCAGUGAUAGUGAAGCACAGCCUCAGCGCUGCAAAACUCCUAACAACGAACCAGGAUCCUGCAUUCCAAUGUCUGAGUGUAGUUUCAUUCAACAGAUUCUUAGCAAAUCUGUCUUGUUCAAUAAUGAUGUCAAAUAUAUUCAAGGGGCUCAAUGCGGAAACUACCAGAAUGAUGUUUUAGUUUGUUGCGCCAAAUCUAAAACCGGACCAGCUACUAGUGCUCUAUCCGUCAAGAUGGGCACAAAGACGCUUCUUCCGGUAGCACCUGCUUGCGGAGUUCAGUACAGCGACCGGAUAGUAGGCGGCGAACAGACCGGUAUCACUGAUUUCCCAUGGACGGCUCGCAUUCAGCACUACGAUCAUCGUCAUAACGAUUAUGCAUUUCACUGUGGAGGAUCCUUGAUCAAUGAGAGAUACGUGCUAACAGCAGCUCAUUGUAUUUCCGGGAUUCCAGCUAGUUGGUCAAUUAGUGCUGUUCGUCUGGGUGAAUGGGAUGUUCUUACGGAUCCGGAAUGCAAGGAUGGUGAUAAUGAUUGCUACGAUCCGGUGCAGGAUAUUGAGGUGGAAAAAGCGAUUGUUCAUGAAAAAUUUAUCAACACCAGAUUGCAGGUGCACAACGACAUUGCGUUGUUGCGAUUAGCUAGAGAGGCACAGAUGUCGCAAACUGUAGUUCCGAUUUGUCUACCGCUGGGUGAAAGUUUUGCUAAGCGGCGGUACGACGGGUUGAAAAUGUUCGUCGCCGGCUGGGGUCAAACUGAGUUCGGAGGUAACAGUCGCUACAAACUGGUUGUAGGAGUGAAUGGAAUUGCGGAACAACGAUGCCGGAGGCAGUAUCUGACCGCGAAUAUCAACGAUAGGCAGAUUUGUGCUGGUGAAGUCGCUGGCAAGGAUUCUUGCAAAGGAGAUUCCGGUGGGCCACUGAUGGAUGUGAUAGUGGCGGGAAAUGAGGUCAUUCACUACUUGGCCGGAGUGGUCAGCUUUGGCAAACAGUGCGGAAAGGAGGGGGUACCGGGUGUGUACACGAAGGUAAAUCGUUUCGGUGAUUGGAUUCUGAAGCAUCUUGAGCCGUAA